AUGUCCCUUAACGGUGCUGGCCGGCCCAACUCAAAGCGUGCAACAUGGGUAGCAUAUUACAGAUUAACGCGCAAGCACAACUUCCCCACAGGGUUAGAUGUCGUCUUCUGGCCCUGCACCUGGGGUUUAAUCAUGAGUGCUUACGCUCUGCGGCUGUCUCCCCGGUCACUUGCGAUUCAGCUCGCUGCGUACUUUGUUGGUGCGACACUUCGACAUAGUGCCGCCUGUAUCUGGAACGACAUGUGCGACAUUGAGAUUGACCGGAAAGUUGCAUCGCUUGGCGGUGCGGCCAUUUUACUCGCCGCCCAUUUCAUCGCGUGUCUCGUCAUUCUCUCGUAUGCCGGAGACGCAGCUUUCAAGUGGGGGCUGUUCUGCCUCUGUUUUCUGGAUCCCCUGUACCCUCUCAUGAAGCGAUGGACUGAUUGGCCUCAGCUCUGGCUCGGAUUCGCCAUGACGUGGGGCUUACCUGUUUCAUGGGUGUCAAAUUUCGGCGAGAUGAACUGGUAUAUCGUACCUGUUCUACUCGGAGGCGGUGUCUGCUGGACCAUCCACUAUGACACUAUCUACGCUUGUCAAGAUCGUCGCGACGACAUCAAAGCCGGUGUUCGGUCUACCGCAGUCCUGUUCGGAGAUUGGACCCGCCUCAUCCUCGCUUGCUUCUCCGCUUGCUUCGUUAUAUGCCUCGCAUUGGCUGGCGGCAUCAAUCAUCAAGGCCCGCUCUUCUUCAUCACUGUGGCAGGUACCGCAUUCCACCUGGCUUGGCAACUUAUUGUCGUCGACCUGGACGAUAGCUCCGAUUGUCACAGAAUCUUCAAGGUAAGUAGCGUAUCAUGUUGGCGCUCAGAGCCCGAGAGUUGA